CCAUGCUCGAGAGAGAUGGAGGGUAUGGGCUAUGGACCUCGUAGGGCUUUGCCACUGACCUGUGCACCCCCACUGUUCCACUUUACCCAGCGACCUGGCAUGUCACCAGGAAGCAGGAUGCCCAUGGCUGGCUUGCAGGUGGGACCUCCAGCUGGCUCCCCGUUUGGCACAGCUGCUCCGCUUCGACCUGGCAUGCCACCUACCAUGAUGGAUCCAUUCCGAAAACGCCUGCUUGUGCCUCAGGCCCAGCCCCCAAUGCCUGCCCAGCGCCGAGGGCUAAAGAGGAGGAAGAUGGCAGAUAAGGUUCUACCUCAGCGAAUCCGGGAGCUUGUCCCAGAGUCUCAGGCGUACAUGGACCUCUUGGCUUUUGAGAGGAAGCUGGACCAGACCAUCGCUCGCAAGCGGAUGGAGAUCCAAGAGGCCAUCAAGAAGCCCCUGACGCAAAAGCGAAAACUUCGGAUCUAUAUUUCCAAUACAUUCAGCCCCAGCAAGACAGACGGCGAUAACGCAGGAACUGCAGGAACCCCUGGGGGAACUCCAGCAGCAGACAAGGUGGCUUCCUGGGAGCUUCGAGUGGAAGGCAAACUUCUGGAUGAUCCUAGCAAACAGAAGAGGAAGUUUUCAUCUUUCUUUAAGAGCCUUGUCAUUGAGCUGGACAAGGAGCUGUAUGGGCCUGACAACCACCUGGUGGAGUGGCAUCGGAUGCCCACCACCCAAGAAACAGAUGGCUUCCAGGUCAAACGACCAGGAGAUCUCAAUGUCAAGUGCACCCUCCUGCUCAUGCUGGAUCACCAGCCGCCUCAGUAUAAACUGGACCCCCGGCUGGCACGGUUGCUGGGAGUGCACACACAGACGAGGGCUGCCAUCAUGCAGGCGCUGUGGCUUUACAUCAAACACAACCAGCUGCAGGACGGGCAUGAGCGGGAGUACAUCAAUUGCAAUCGCUACUUCCGCCAGAUCUUCAGUUGUGGCCGACUCCGUUUCUCUGAGAUUCCCAUGAAGCUGGCUGGAUUGUUGCAGCAUCCAGACCCCAUUGUUAUCAAUCAUGUCAUUAGUGUGGACCCGAAUGACCAGAAGAAGACAGCCUGCUAUGACAUUGAUGUGGAGGUGGAUGACCCACUGAAGGCCCAGAUGAGCAACUUUCUGGCCUCUACCACCAACCAGCAGGAGAUUGCCUCUCUUGAUGUCAAGAUCCACGAGACUAUUGAGUCCAUCAACCAGCUGAAGACCCAGAGGGAUUUCAUGCUUAGCUUUAGCACUGACCCCCAGGACUUCAUUCAGGAAUGGCUCCGUUCCCAACGCCGAGACCUCAAGAUCAUCACGGAUGUGAUUGGGAACCCUGAGGAGGAGAGACGAGCUGCUUUCUACCACCAGCCCUGGGCUCAGGAAGCAGUUGGGAGGCACAUCUUUGCCAAGGUGCAGCAGCGAAGGCAGGAACUGGAACAGGUGCUGGGAAUUCGCCUGACCUAACUGCUCAGGGAUUGCUUCCUUCCUUCCCAGCCCCGGAACCUGGCGGGAGACCAUCCUCUUGGUUUUGGCUGGGGCUGCAGACCUCCAUGUAGGAUGGAGUGAGGUGUGUCUCCUAUCACCCUCUACUCCCCAGCUAGUUUCAUAAAUGUAGUGUUAGGAUUCCUUAUUGCUUGGUCCCCAAAGCCUUAUUACUUACCUUUUAGCAUUGGCUUUAAUCGGGCUCUAAGGUGCCGCCUCAGCCCCCUGCAGGCAGGCCCACGGACUGCUGGAGGUUGUGCUUUAAUUUCGUAACAGACAUUUCUGAACCAAAGGCUGCUGGGUUUGCAUGUUUACAGGCUCCACCCUAGGGCCAGUGUCAGCUGGUUUUGGGGAGCUGGGCAAGGAAGAGGAGGCCCAGCCUGGACUCUUCCUGGCCUUUCUCAACCAAAGUUCUUUGCCAUUCCUACAAGCCCAGCCUUGCUGCUGGUUUGUCCUUUUCUUUGGGUAUUUGCACUAUUUAGGGAGCAGGUUUUUCUAUGUGGGAGUCACUUUUUUGUACAGAGGUAACUGGGGUUUUUCAGGGAGCCCUACUUGGUGCCUCCUUCCUUAUUUUCUUUUUUUGAUCUAUGCAAGCGGCUGCAGCCGCCAUCAUCUCCUGGGAUGCCAUGGGGCUGCCCACCCCCAGCUGCUUGGGUGGGGGGAGGUGGAGUCUCCCAGAGGGAGGGAAUGUACCAGUUCUCUAACCCAGCUGGAGAAGAAGAAGGCUGGGAGGACUGUUGUUACCUUUUGCAGUUGGUCUUAGAGAGGGUAGGCCUAAGGCUUGGCAAAUGCCACUUCUGACAAACUUGGAAAAUUCCAAAUAAAUCCUUUUGUUUA